AUGAAAAUGAGCAACACUUCGUUUUCCAAGGCAGAAGGUAUCGUGUUUUGCAGCGCCUUCUUUUUGACGUCUGUUCUGAUCGUCGCGGGAAACUUGCUUUCUCUUGUCCUCUGUGCCCAUACCAAAGCACUUAGGAAGAAAAGUUUCUUUCUUAUCAUCAACAUGACGUUUGCAGAUUUGAUGCUUGGAGGAUUGACUCUUCCUAUUUACACAUACAUUGCAGGAGCCACGUUCUAUCCGCUUUGGACAUUCAAUUAUGUUUUUGAUUACAAGGCCGCCACGUUUUUCCACUUAAUCGCCGACACCCUGUUUGUGUUCGCCUCUUUGCUUUCUGCAACCUUUAUAUCCUGUGAGAGAUUUUACGCCACGUAUCAGCCGCUUAAACACCGAACAUUGUCAACGAAUACAUACAGCAUCACCAUUUUCAUGCUAUGGAUACUGGCUGUCUUAGUGGCAACAUUACUGAUCGUGUUAAAAGAGCUACAAUCAGUAGAAUAUGCAAUUUACGUGGCAGUUCCCUUUACUCUAACUCUAAUAAUCAUCAUAUGCGUUUGUAACGUCGGUAUAUGGAGACAAUUCCAACACGCAAGUGCCGCUUCACAACAAAAAAACAGAGACUCGCAAAGAAAACGUUUUACAAAAACCUUAGUGUUUGUAUCUACUCUAACUUUAAUAUGUUGGCUUCCUUUCCUUGUCAUGACCAUUUUAAUGGUUUUAUAUGACGAUGCAAUAUCGUUGAGGUUUUACUUAAUGGUAAACAUUCUAAAUUAUUCCAAUUCUUUUGUAAAUCCAGUUAUCUAUGUACUAAGAAUCCCUGAAUUUAAACAAGCGCUUAGUUCAAUUAAGCUGCGGCAAGAGAGAAAUGCAGCCAUGAAACUGGAACGAACUAGAAAAGGAAGACAAGUGACAGAGCCAAGAAUGUUACAAACCGCUGCCAGUCAUUUUCAGGGGCUUCUUGAACAGGAGGAUAAGGAGACCAAACUUUAAUCAAAGAAGAUAGCCACCAGCAACAAAACCGCACAAACGGGAAGACGAAGAAAUGCAACGAAAAAUUGGUUUAGUAAACUGAUGUUUAUACAAAGUCCUCUGUCAUAUUUGAAACACUUUUCAAUAAGAAUCUUAUCAGAGCAAAGCGAGAGCAACACGGCAAAUGAACUUCAACCAUUGUCUUUGGAAAGCUGGUUUGCAAACUCUUCUCGAGAGUUUUCAACAGUAAGUGACACCUUACAAUUUAAAUGACUUAUUCAUGACAUCAGCGAUACAAAUGAACCGAACUAGACAAACUUAUUUUACCCGCGGAAUAAUACCAAUUAACCAUACCAGACAUACGUUACUUAAGCUAAUGGUAUGAGAGCGGCCAAAAACAAUUGAGUUUUGAUACGAUACACAUAAUUGCGAAUGUGGAUAUUUCUGAUGCAUAUUAUCACUGGAUAAUUCGACACAAUUUUUCGAUAUCAAUCGGAUCUGUGAAUUAUUCUUUUUCUCUCUUUCACUUACUCAAGCAUUCGGCACUUUUUUCAUGUAAAAACUGGCCUAAAACACACACAUUUCCUUUAUCACUCUUGCGUAACCAAAUAAUAACGAAACAGAUGUAGAUACCUUAAACUAUAAAAUAUGGUUACAAUGUUUCCUUUCAAUAGACUGAAGUAAACUUCCACCGAUAACAAUGAAAUAAAGGAAAAGGAACCGACAUACAUACUACUGUUAUUGUGUAAAUUACUUAGCUGUUAGUGAGGAACACUCACGUAAAGCGUUAUCAUUCUCCUUCGUUAAUAAAACUUUGCGAUCUUCGUCUUUGAAAUACCACUUGCUUUCAUUUUUCGUUUUUUACACAAGUCUGACAAAUACGUCUGGAUCAUCAAGAAUAAUGUCUUCUAAGGCAGAGGGCAUCGCUUUGUGCAGCGCUUCUGUGUUGGCAUCUGUUAAUUGUCUCAGGAAACUCGCUCGUUCUUGUUCUCUGCGCAGUCAAGAGGACAUUGCAUAAAAAAGGUUUAAUUCUAGUCAUCUACAUGGCGUUUGCGGAUUUGAUGCUAAGAGCUUUUAGUCUGCCCAUUUUCAUCUAG